CAUAGAUAUAUCAUAUAACCCCCUCCCCCCUUUAUUUGUCGCUCUACAUCUCUUCCGUUCUUCCCUGCUCAAACUUAUUUUAGCCCCAAAACUACUCUCGCCUGCCCCGAAGACCAAACCCGCCAAACUGAACGGUUUUCCACCACAAAUCGGCGUUUCCUGUUGAUUCUACGCUCCUUGUUCGUUGAUCGAUGGAUGAUUCGCUUGCGGUUGACUCUACGGAUCGAUCGGAGGCUAGAUCUGAAACUUUAGGCGAAAAAAGACCGUUAGAGAAUGGAUAUGAAUCGUUAGAUAACAGUUUUGGUAAUAAGAAGGCUAAAUUAGGUGUGGAGGAUGUGAAGAAAGUGGCGGAGAUUGUGCUGGUGUUGGCUACCAUGGGGAAGAUGAGAGGCGGUAGGAAGCCGAGUGCGGUGGAGGUGGAGAUGAUGGCGGAAGCGAGGGGGAAGUUGGUGGAGGUUUGUAAGGAGUUUGCUCCGAAAGAUGUGUUUCCUAGGGAUGCUUUUGGGACGGUUAUUGAGGAGCUAGGGUUGAGUAGGUUGAGGGAGCAGAAGUUGGGGAUUCGGUCGCAGAAGUUGUCGAUUAGCGAGCGGUUGAAGGCCACAAAGGAAAAGAUGGAAAAAUCUGAGGUGUUUCCAGUUCACUCUAACAUGUAUACACCGCCUCGUCUGCAAUCAAACCUAAGUGGGCCCGCUGAUGGCCGUGGGACCUCCAAUGCUGGUCGUAUGUUUCCAUCAGAUAAAGCAAAUCAUGCACCUGCAUCUUCUGGAAGUUUCCAGAAUCCUUCAAAUGUGGUUCAUGCUUCUGGUAGCAAUUCAAGAUCUUUACCUUAUCAGUUGCCCGCAAGUGAGAUAAGACCUGGGGUGUCAAAUGUCUUACCAGGGUCUCGGCCUGAUAGAUCACAUUUCAGAAUCGAUGGUGGAGCAAAUGGCUCUCCUUAUACAUCACAUGCUCAAGGUAAUAUGGCUGGAGACGCAGGGAAAACUCCAACAUGGUCUAUGCAGCCUCAAUCUACCGCAUUUGCUAAAAUAGGUUCAGAUAAAGGGCAUAUUAAGUCAGACGUUUCAUCUAAAACGUACAUUAAUCAAACACCUAAUUCCACAAGUGUAAACCAACAGCGUAUGAACUUCAGUCAACCUCCUGCUGCUGAUACCCACACUGAAAUUAGUAAACUUGUUCAUAAGUUACUACACCCACAUGUAGUAGACCACCCCACGUGGACCCCACCUUCUAGGGAUUACAUGAACAAGCCUUUGCCUUGUCAAAUCUGCAAAAUUACAAUCGGUGAGGUGGAUACCGCACUUGUCUGUGAUGCAUGUGAAAGAGGAUAUCAUUUAAAAUGUUUAAAUUGUAACCCUAAAGCUAUCCCUAGAGGUGAAUGGCAGGAAUGGCAUUGUGCAAAGUGUUUGGCUAUAAGUAACGGGAAACCCUUACCCCCUAAAUACGGUCGUGUUAUGAGAAACAUAAAUACACCAAAACUAUCUUCUAGUCCUGUCACAGGUCAACAGUCUUUAGACAAGAAAGUGAUGUCAUCUGAUGUCAGUGUUAACGGCAACUCUUUUUCACAAAGUGGUUCUAGUGGGACCGCAAACAAUGAUGGUAAAUUGACAGAAACUCCCCUUAAUGAGAAUCAGGAGCAUGGAGCUUUAUCUAAUGCCCCAGAAAUUUCUUCUAAUGGAAAAAAGUUAGAUUCGGGUCUUAAUGGUGUAAUCAAGGAGGACGGACUGGCAGAAACCGUGAAUAAAGAUGAAACCGCAACUGUGGUUGGUGAGCAGGAGGGUCCCACAUCAAGUAGGCUGAAUGAAGUUGAGUUCGUCGGGGGUGUAGUAAAAGAAAUUGAUGGAAACAAAUAUUAUAAUUAUUGUCGUGUUAAUGGACAUGUGUAUAAAGUGAAGGAUUAUGCUGUUUUUAGCUAUGCUGGCAACAGACAUCUGCCUAAUAAACUACAGGCCAUGUGGGAAGAUAGCAAGACAACGAAGAAGUUGGUUACCGUCACUCGCUGUUUUUUUCCUGAUGAUUUACCUGAAGGUGUUGGUCGCCCGUGUGCCCCUGAAAGCAGUGAGGUAUAUGAAUCCAAUCAUGAGACCGUGCUAGUGGCGGGCCUGAUUCAUGGCCCAUGUGAAGUUCUUCCUCCAAGCAAAUUCUCUGAAGAAAGUGAUCUGCAAGCUCGUUUGAGGUCAAGAGGCAGUGAAAGACAAAAACCACUUUUUCUUUGCAAGUGGUUUUAUGAUGAAACAAAACGAUCAUUUCGAGACGUUUCCUGCUGAUGUAAUCUAGACAUUUUAACAUGCAACCCGCCCCGCAGACCCAAAGUUCUUUUGCCAUCAAGAGUUGUACUGUUUUUUUGUAAAAGAAAAACUAAGGGUCUGCUAGUUUGGGUUAUUUUUUUUAUUAUCAUGUUUUCAAGUACACCUCUAGAUAUGUAUUGUGUAUCAAUACAGUUGUUACUGACUCUAUUUUUUAAAGUUGAAGGCUUGACAUAUUUGUUUUUUU